AUGUUUGGUUGUACUGGUUUAGCAAUAGUUUCCAGAUGUGCUGCUGCUCUGGAACCUGAGUUUUUUGUUGCAUCUCUUGCCAAAUUAAACAAUCCUUAUCCGGAACUGUUAGUACUGGGGUGUGAAAAUGAAAACAACAGCGAAGGUGAGACGAUGUUCUUUUGUACAACCGUUUUAAAUUUUUGCUUAAUUUUAGGUGAAAUUGACGAUCGUGACUGGGCUGCUCGUAUUCUGCGCACACUUCCUUGUCUCGACCGAGAAACAGAUGAUUGGUUCUAUGACUUUGUUGAGGCCUGCUCUAAGGAUCCUUAUAACCGAGCAGUGCUAUGGUAUCUGCUUCCCAACUACGAGGAAGUUCUUGGUGAACAAAUUCGUUUUCAGUAUGCAAAUUCUGUUUUACGAGAAGUGGCAUUACUCGGUAAGAAUACGAUUGCAUGUGCACCAACUGGUUCUGGCAAGACGGAAGUUGGCGUGUAUGUAGCGAUGUGUCAUUUGGAUGAGAAAGCAGCCAAAAAUGAGCCAGCAAGGGUAGGAAUUUCUAGUUUGCCCUAUUCUUUACCAAGUUUCCGUGCAUUUUUUAGGUAUUACGUGGAGGGAUUCCAUGGCAGUGGUCAGAAGAGUGAAUCUCGACGUGAUUUAGUUCUUGCCUGCCACAUUGUGGUUAUGACGCCGCAGAUUUUACUCAAUAUGUUGAGGUCCAUAAGGAAAGAUGAACGACUUUAUGUUUGCGAUUUUUCUUUGUUAAUUUUCGACGAAGUUCAUCAUUGUAUCAAAGACCAUCCUUACAAUAUUCUUAUGCAAACGGUUCACGACUACAAUGGACCAAAGCCUCAGGUGAGUCACUGCGAAUGUCAUAUUGAUCUGGUUCAGUUCAAGAUUGAGUUUAGUGAGUUCCAGGUGAUUGUUGCGACUUCAGUAGUCGAGGAGGGUCUCGAUGUUGCCACUUGUAAUCUCAUAAUAAAAUACAAUAGUUCCAGUAGUGCAGUGCAGAGAGUUCAACGACGAGGACGAGCACGGGCUCGUGAUAGCCGGUCGGUGUUGAUAGUGCUGUCGGAGAACGUAGCACAAACCGAAUUCCAGGCAAUUAUAGCUGAGAGAAUCAUGAAUAAUUGCAUAGCGCGCAUUCAAGAACAGGGUGAAAGAGCACUCGAGAAGAAGGUGAAUUUAUCCCGUUACUACAAAAAACAUAAAAACAUACGUGAAGUACAGGCAAAAAAAAUAGUGUACUUGCUAUUUACUUACUUACUUGGACGGCCCAUCCUCCCUGGUUGUGUGGGACCCGGCAUAAUCUCAAUUUCUCAGAGUUUUGAUGGUUUAUCUGUUGUGAUUCCCAGGAGUUUCGUGGUCAGCCUGGCCCAAGUCUGUCCAGGUCGUUACCACCACAGGCAGUCUCCGCCCUUGUGA